CUCCCUUCUGUCAUCCAAUUUUAUUGCGUUUUGCAUACACUUUCUCUCUUUUUACUUGAUAAGUUGAGCAUUGUUUAUUGUUUUCGUAAAUAAACCCAUUUCUACAAUUUAUUCUAAUAAAUAAAUAAACGACAACAUGGAUAUUAUGGAUAUACAAGCUGUCGAAUCUAAACUGAGCGACGUAACCGUGACACCAAUUCCCCGUUCACAAGUACAAAAUUUUUACAAUUACCAACAGCAGCGAGAACAACGCGAUCAGACGCCACAAAUCCAAAUUUCAGCGAUUCACCAUGUUCCACAAAUUCCACCACCUCCGAAACCAUUGUCACCAGCUAUAAUAACAACCCAAACCUCAGCAAACAUAACAACUCCCAUGACUUCGGCCGCAAAUAUUCCAUCAAAUUUAACAAACUUGCACGGCUUGACAAAAUAUGCGCAGCUAUUGGCUGUCAUUGAAGAAAUGGGUCGAGAUAUUCGACCAACUUACACAGGAUCUCGAAGCUCGACCGAGCGACUAAAGCGUGGAAUUGUCCAUGCUAGAAUAUUGGUCCGUGAGUGCUUAAUGGAAACCGAACGUUCGGCGAGGCAAUGAAUUCCAUUCAUACCCAGACUCAUUGCGAUCCAUAUUUCGUUAGGAAUACUUUUUAAUAAAACAAACAAAAUUAAUACUUCUUCUAUUUGAUUUUGCAUUCAACAAUAAUAUAGAAUAAAACAAAAAUGUACCUAUUUUAAAGCCUGUUAAACUACAUAACAUUUGUAUACCAAAAACAAACAAAAAUGCCACACAAAGGAGGAGCAGAAGCAAGAAAAAUAAAUUAAAAAAAAAAAAAAAACAAAUUAGCUCAGGUUUUUUUUAUAGCAAAAAUAAAAAACUAGUAUUUUAAUAAAAAAUAUAAUAACUUUAUAAGACACUUACAUGCGUACAUAGAUACUAGAUAUUAAUGUAAACGAUAAACAAUAAAAAAUAAAUAAACAAUA